CGUCAGUAUUGUGCGGGCCGCGCGGAAAAGAAACAGGCUCGGUGUUUUCACAGGGGUAUCACUGUAAACUAUAGUGCGGCUGGCCAUAAUACGACUUGAAGAAACCCAAUCUAAACUCUCUGGCCAUCGACAAAUAUUUUAAUGUUUAUUGAAUAAAUGGGCCGUGUUUUGGUGCUAGUGAUCAGCGGUCCCCAGUGGCUCCUCUGGUGCGAAUAAGUGUUCACGACGUUUCCAACGGGCCACCGAGUGCCCGUGUGUGCCGCCGGAAGCAUGCACACCCUCUUCGGCGCCGACCAGAACGCCUACUACCGACACUCAGGUAGCUAUGCCAACUCGCUGCAGCCGAUGGCGGCAAUGUCGCCGAUGACGCCGAUGACGUCAAGUGGCUACAGCUAUGACCAGUACUCGGUGGCGGCGCGGUACAGCCCGUACGCCACCUCCUACAGCCCGCACCAGAUGCCAGUGAAGGACAUGGUGAAGCCGCCGUACUCGUACAUCGCUCUCAUCACCAUGGCCAUCCAGAGCACGCCAGAGAAGAAGAUCACGCUGAGCGGCAUCUACCAGUUCAUCAUGGAGAAGUUCCCCUACUACCGUGAGAACAAGCAGGGCUGGCAGAAUUCGAUUCGACACAACCUCAGUCUCAAUGAGUGCUUCCUGAAGCUGCCACGCGACGAUAAGAAGCCGGGUAAGGGCUGCUACUGGGCGCUCGAUCCCGAUUCCUACAACAUGUUCGACAACGGCAGCUACCUGCGCCGGCGGAGGCGCUUCAAGAAGAACCGCGACGGCGCCGGCGCCGACAAGAAGGAGCCCGGCCGCGGCGAGCCCAAGGUCAAGGAGGAGGCGCCCGACGGGAAGGCCGACCCCUGCCGCUCGCCCAAGCCGGCCGAGCCGGCGCUCUGCAAGCUGAAGACGGAGCCGCUGGAGCUGCCGGCGCUACCGUCCGUCAGCCCGACGGCGCCAGGGCGUCGAGGCGCCGGCCGCCGAGCCCGUUUACACCAACAUGGACUGCCAGCAGCCGGCGCCGCCACCGCCGCCGCCGCCGCCGGCGGUGCCCACCACCCUGGACCCGGCGCCCUGCUCCAACAACAGCGCCUUCAGCGUCGACUCGCUGAUGACGUCACGGUCGUCGCCGGCGCAGCUGGACUCGACGUCGCUGUACACGCCGGCGCGCGGCCUGUACCCGCCGGAGCUGGGCUACGCGCCGCAGUACGCCGACGAGAUGGCUUGCAUGGCGGCGUCCGGGCAGGGGAUGGUGCAGUACGGCGGCCGGCCGGGCGGCUGGUACCCAACCGAGCCGCCGCCACCGCCGCCACCGCCGCCGCCGCCACCGCCUGUCUCCGCCGAGCCCUUCCCGUCCGUACGCGAAAUGUUCGAGAGCCACCGACUGAUUCCGGGGGCGAUGACCUCGUGUCAGGUCACCCAGCCGAGCUCGUCGUGCCAGCUUGGCUUCCGGCCAAGUUCGCCUUACAAGAGCUUCUACCAGGACUGUCCCAAGUACUGACCCGCGCCGCGCCGGUAGGCUGCGGCGACGCCGGAGCCAGUGUCACCGCUCAGGGGGUGGUCGCGAGACGCGUCUGGCGCUGCGUGUUUUCCAGCCCGUCAGCUGACUGAGCGCCGGUGAGUGGCACGUGCUGGUCCACAGCGGGCACCUCCGCUGAGCGGAACGCGGCAGGACGGCGACCCGGCGGCGCUGCGGCUGUAGACGCUGUUUCAGUUGUGGGUGCCGGUGUAUUACAGUGUUCGUUGUUGCGUUGUCGUUUAUCGACGGGUCUUAGCGGGAGGUCAAGGGCGUGGACAGGAUGGGGUGGUGCUGGGAGCAGGAGGAGCGAAAUGUUUUGUUCUAGCAAUGGUCUCGGGUAUUUCGUCCGUGCUCGCGUCGAAGCUGUGCUGUCAUUGCUGACAACGACUUUCUUCGGACGAUGCAUCGAUUUCGAGGCCGGUUGAGUGAGUAGCACAUGUUUAGGGGAUGGAUUUGUCUUUCUCUCCGUUUCUAAAUGUGUUCUAGCUGUUGCAACAGCUUGCCACUCCAGAUCUGCGCAGAUCAUUGUUUACCAGAGUGGGUGUCGUUCCGACCGUUCAAAUCACAAAUGCAUGGAGCGGCGCAUUGUUUGAAAUUGCGGCGAUUCACUGGUAUCUACAUUCUCACUUUGAUAGCCGAUUGUGAUUGACAGUAGAAAACUGUAAAGGUUUUUUCUCGGAGCCGAUGUUUUUAGUGGUACUUAUGCCAAUAAUGUACUGAGCCGUUCUUUUGACAUAAGCGACGCGUCAAUGGCUUGCCAUUUUUGGUAAUCCAUACCAGCAAGUGAAAACAGCUACCCACGAUUUGCCGCGGUCCACAACAUGUAGAUACACCCGUCAAUCGUCGCAAUCCACGGAACGUUCAACGAUUUCAUCUGUCCGUUGUUCUAUGUGGUGUACGGUUUUGUGGUUUCAACUACUGUGUGCGCGUAGAAUGCUCCGUUUGGUUGUUAUUGCUGAUUAAUCUUUAUACAUGGAGUUUUAUUAGGCGCCGUAUAUGCUGGCGCCCGUGCAUUGUGUCUUCUGUUGUACUCCUAUAGUUUUGUUGGAUAAUAUUUUGAUUGGUCUUAGUGUUCAGUCUUGAAAUGCUCGCUCCCUGGCCACAGCAACAUUGUCUCUGGUCACAGUAAGGCAGACUACGAUCCGGAUUACUAUCUGACUGCUCUGUUACGCCUUGUUAGCGGCGCCCAGCGGCGCAGGUCCACUCCAUUGCCUGUGGUGACCCGUGCGACGCCGGCACCCCGGCACGCUCCAUUCGCCAGUUCUCUGAGCGCCGGCUGUUAGCGGAACAACCGCCCGUGCUCUGUUUGCCAGGGUCUCGCGCCACCAGAAUGCCCGGUUUAAGUGGUGCACGGAAUCUCACUGUAUACCGCCACCUAGAUACCUUCCAGAUGUGAACAGGGUCGAACUACGAGAACGCUGAAUGAAUCGGUAGGCGCGGCUCGCCUGCCGCGCAGCUGCAGUAGACCAGCCGAUCUUGGUGUGUUUACUAGUCAGAUUGAGUUUGACGUUGAGGAAUAAUGUAAAUAGGUACGUGUAAAUUGCGCCGGCACAAUAAAAUGAGAAACGUG